AUGCACACGAUGCUUACUCUUUUCGACUUCUCCACAUCUCUCGCCGCGCUCUUAGCGAGUGUCGUCCUCCUCGCUUACAUCUAUCCGAACAGAUGCAUCGGCACUGUGGAUCGACCCGACCUGCCCGGCCCGCGAGGUCUGCCGCUGAUAGGAAACUUGCUGCUCGUCUUCCAGAACCGCAAUGGCAUGCUCAAGUUCUUGGACAACAUGGAAGCGACGUACGGCCCGCUGUUCACAUUCACGCUCCCGAGCUUGGGUCGCAAUAUCGUCAUCAAUAGGCCGGAAUGGCUGGAACACAUGCGCAAGGGUGAUACGACCAUAUAUGCCAAAGGCAAGGUCGUGCGAGACGUGUUCAGUCAAUUCGCCGGCUCAACCACGCCCAUAUCCACGGACGGGUCGGCCUGGAAGGAUGCUCGCAGAUUGGUACAACCCAUUUUUGCCGCAAAAGCAGUCAAUACCCACGCCUCCAAGGCGAUGUGCGAGAUAGUUCCGACAGUCAAAACCCUGCUGAGAGCGGCGUGCCACCAGAAUGUGGUCGUUGAUUGGAAAGAUCUCUCUGGACGACUGGCGUUAGGCAUCUUCUGCAAGAUGGCAUUCGACGUGUCGACGGAUAUGCUCACCACUGAGCUGUCGUGUUUGAAGCUCACAAACGUCUUAUCGGACACGCUGACCACUCUGGGCGUGAUAACAGCCGACCGCCUUUUCAACCCGGCAUGGAGAAUCACCGAACGGUUUGACGGUACGCGGAGUCGGUUCGACGCAGCAAAAGCUCGAUUAUCCGCCAUCGUGGACGAUCUCAUCCGUGACCGCUCUCACCCUGGCGGCUUCGACGCGGAGGAGAGUACGGAUUAUCUCACAGCCCUGUUAGCGAGCACGGCGGAGCAAGAUCUAUCGUCGACACGCGAUACGCUGAUGACCUUGUUCUUCGCCGGACGAGAUAGCACGCAGAACGUCAUUCUGUGGGCUCUGUACGAACUGACACGCAGCCCGGGUUGGAUUGCGCUCAUGAGGGAAGAGGUGGUAUCGCGACCGCCCAAAGGCGCGGAAGGCAUCAUCACAUUCGGCGAACUGCAGGCUCCUCGCGUUCAGAACUACCCGAUCCACCUGGCCGUUUUCUUCGAGACACUCCGCCUCUGGCCUGGCCUGCCCAAGAAUGCACGCCUCGCUACAGAGGAUGACGUACUACCCGCGAUCCCAGAGAAGGGCUUGCCUGCGGUGAGAGUGAACAAGGGUGACUUCCUGCUCUGGUCGGAUAUGGCGAUGAUGCGUAACGAGGAUGUGUGGGGUCCCGAUGCCAAGGAAUUCAAUCCGCGUCGCCAUCUGGGCGAAGACGGCCGCUUCGUGAAACCCGACACUCCCCGCUUCCACAGUUUCGGGAGUGGACCGAGGGCGUGCCCGGCCAUGCAACUCAUGACAUACGAGUUUACCGCCAUCUUUGCAGGACUUCUCUGUGAUUUUGAUUUCAUACCUGUUCAUCCUGGUGUGAGGAAGUCCAUAGAUGCGCUCGCGCCAUUCAUGGAUGGUCCGUUCAUGGUUGAGGUCCACGACAGGGUCGUCCAGUAG